CACUAGUGGUGGUGCACUCGUUUUGGAUCCACCGGAUAUGCUGAACAGCAACAAUUCUCCUGCUGCACCUGAUCAUAAAAAUGUCGACUGCAGUGUGACGAAGGAGAUCAAUACCCGCCCAAGUCAUAAGAUGAACACUAAGAACACAGAUAUUUCUAACAGCAACAUUUUGGGAGGCACUUGUUCGGAACAAAUUGACGAGCAGGC